AUGGCCGAGCGCACGCCCCAUGCCUCGGCUCGGGCGCGGGGCCCAGGAGACACUCUUGGCCCCGUCGCCCUGCAGAAGCCCGCGGCCGCGGACCCCGAUGCCGCUCCCGAGUCGCUCGCCCGGUCCCCGACGCCCACCGCCCGCCCGGCCUCGGCAGCGUCGCGCCUCGGCGCCGCGCCGGUGCGCUGCGGCCCGGCGGCGCUCGGCGGGAAGGCGUGCCGCCGACUGCCCUCCGCCAGCUACUGGUCUGCGCAGCUCGCCCUGAACCGCGGCGCCUUCGACAGGUUCCAGGCGCCGAGGCCCCGCCGGGCGUUCUCGCCGCCGCCGCGGGGGGCGCGCGGGGGCGGGGAGGCCCCCCUCUGCGCCGCGGGGCCUGGCUGCGGCGGCCGUGCCACGGGCCCUGCGGCACCUGGAGGCCAGGCGGGCCCCCUCGGGCCCCAGGGGCCCGGCGGCGCUGGCAGGGGCGCGGGGCUCGGGGUCGAGGACGCCGGCCCGUGGGCCGGGUCGCCCGCGCUGGCGCUGCGCAGGGGCCUGGCGCGGGUCGUGACGGUGUGA